UGUUAAAUGUCAGUAUUCAAUAAACCGGCCAACCUUUGUUUAUAUUUGCAGAUUGGUUUUCGGUUCGUUUUUGAAAUCGGAAUUCCAUCACCAGAAAACUAAAGUACAUUCAGCACGAAAUUUGGAUUAAUAUGGAAAAUCCUCUUUUUGGUACAGCUCAUCUGCUGGAUGAAGUAGAUAAAAAAUUAAUGGUAUUGUUACGCGAUGGUCGAACGCUUAUCGGAUAUCUAAGAAGCGUUGAUCAGUUUGCAAACUUAGUUCUUCAUCGGACAAUAGAGCGGAUACAUGUGGGCAACGAGUACGGAGAUAUUCAGCGAGGUGUCUUCAUUAUACGAGGCGAGAAUGUUGUGCUCCUGGGAGAAAUUGACCGGGAGAAGGAAAACAGUCUACCCCUGAAAGCGAUAUCAGUCGACGAUAUUUUAGAUGCACAGCGUCGUGAGCAGGAGGCUAAGCAGGAAAAACACCGACUAAUUGCGAAAGCCUUAAAGGAACGAGGCCUGAAUGUAAAUUCCGAGCUAACGCAAGAUGAGUUUUAAUGUUCGUAGAAUGAAUAGUUUUAAGGAACGGCAUUUCUAAUGGAUUAUAUUUUAUUGUUUUUUGUUUAUCGUAUGGUUUCUUUUGUAUCGGAACAAUAAAUGUUUGUAUUCAUCCAUAA